UCUAACCAAACCGAAACCAAAACGAAAAAUCGCGAAAACUAAGAAAGAAGAGCCCAUUCAUUCGUUUCUUUUUCUUCAUGAUUUUCGGGGUUAGACAAAAUAAUCAGGUUUAAGUUAGUAAUUAAAAUGUGUUAAUUGGUGACCGCAAAGAAGGAUUAGUAUAUAACAAGCUAUAAUUUGAUGUAAGUGCCCUGCGUUGUACUGAAAUUCUCAUCUUCACAAUGGACGUGGACACAGAUGGGCGAAAGUCCCGCUCUCGCAGUCGAUCGGUGGAGUCCGAGUCGAAGAUGUCUCACGAUGGUUCCCCACAUUCAAGGAGAUCCAAAUCUCGCAGCGUGUCUCGUUCGCGUUCGCGAUCCAAAUCCGGUUCGCGUUCUCGCUCCGGAUCCCCCAAGUCUGUUCAAUCCAGAUCUGGAUCCCCCAAGUCUGUCCGAUCAAGGUCUGGAUCUCCGAAGUCUCCUCGCUCGAGAUCCGGGUCCGCCAAAUCCUUGCGAUCCCGCAGCGGCUCGCCCAAACACCGCUCGAGAAGCAAUUCGGCGCACUCCCGUUCGAGCCGCGGCUCUAAAUCCCGAUCCCGCUCUCGCAGCGUUUCCCGCUCCAAGUCUCCAGCUAGGAGGCGCUCCCACUCCGGCAGUCCCGCCGACCGCUCCCACUCCAAAUCCCGCUCCAAGUCGAGGUCGAAGUCUCCGGAGAAGAUGGACGUAGACGACGGCGCACAGGCGCGGUCCCGCAGCGCGUCGCCGGAGAAAGGGCCUCAAUCUCCUGCAGGAGACCGCGCCAGUCGCUCCCGCUCUCGAUCAGCGUCCAGGAAGUCCCGUUCCCGUUCCGGUUCCGCCAAAAGCAAGUCGCGUUCCCGCUCAGGGUCGCGCAAAAGCCGUUCGCGCUCCCGAUCUGGUUCAAGAAAGAGCAAGUCCCGGUCAAGAUCCCGAUCAGGGUCGGCAAAGUCCCGGUCGAGGUCUCGUUCUGGCUCUAGGAAGUCCCGGUCGAGGUCUCGUUCUGGCUCUAGGAAGUCCCGGUCGAGGUCUCGUUCUGGCUCUAGGAAGUCCCGGUCGAGAUCCCGUUCUGGAUCUAGAAGAUCCCGAUCUGGCUCCGUAAAAUCCAGAUCGCGGUCCCGUUCGGGAUCAAGAAAGUCUCAUUCAAGGUCUCGCUCUGGCUCUAGAAAGUCCCGAUCGAGGUCUCGUUCCGGGUCAAGAAGAUCCCGAUCGGGCUCAAGAAAAUCUCGUUCAAGAUCAGGAUCAAGAAAGUCCCGGUCUAGAUCGCGGUCAGGAUCUAGAAAAUCCCGGUCAAGAUCAAGAUCCAGAUCGAAAUCUGUUGGAGUAGAUGGAGAAAGAAAGAGUCGCUCCCGCUCCGGCUCCAGGAAGUCCCGCUCGAGGUCCCGAUCCGGAUCCGCUAAGUCUAAAUCCAGGUCUCGUUCCCGCUCGCGCUCCGGAUCUGGCUCGCCUUCGCGGAGGGGCAAGAAGCGGCGCGCGCGCCUCGCGUCGGAAGACGACGAGCAGCCCGCGCCCGCCGCGCCCGCGCCCGACUCCUCCGACGACGAGGUGCGGCGCGACGGUGGCAGCCAAGAGGCGACGGGCGGCAUGUCGGACUUCGAGCUGAUGCUGGCGCGCAAGCGCGACGAGCGGCGCGGCAAGCGGCGGCGCCGCGACAUCGACAUCAUCAACGACAACGACGACCUCAUCGCGCAGCUGCUGCGCCAGAUGCGCGCCGCCGCCGACGAGGACCGCGAACUAAACCGUCGCAACCAGCCAGCCGUGAAGAAGGUCUCCAUGCUGAAAGCAGCCAUGUCGCAGCUGAUCAAGAAGGAUCUCCAGCUCGCCUUCCUCGAGCACAACGUGCUCAAUGUGCUGUGUGACUGGCUGGCCCCGAUGCCCAACAGAGCGUUGCCUUGUCUGCUCAUUAGAGAGUCUAUCCUGAGACUGCUCACUGAUUUCCCGGCCAUCGACAAGUCCUUAUUGAAGCAGUCCGGUAUCGGCAAAGCCGUGAUGUACCUGUACAAGCACCCUAAGGAAACGAAGCAGAAUCGCGAGCGCGCGGGCAGACUUAUUUCCGAAUGGGCGAGGCCUAUUUUCAAUCUCUCUACAGAUUUUAAAGCCAUGAGCCGCGAGGAGCGGCAGGCGCGCGACGAGGCCAUGGCGGGCGCGCGGCGCGAGCGGCCCGCGCCCGCCGCCGAGCCCCGCGCGCUGCGGCCGGGCGAGCCGGGCUGGGUGGCGCGCGCGCGCGUGCCGCUGCCCUCCAGCAAGGACUACGUGUUCCGCCCCAAGUCCACCUCCGACGUGGACAUGAGCAGGAUGAGCAAGAAGAAAAUGACCCGCUACGAGAAACAGAUGAAACGCUUUAUCGAUCAAAAGCGGCUUCGAAGCGGCUCGAGACGCGCUGUCGAGAUCUCUAUAGAGGGCCGCAAGAUGGCGCUAUAAACAAGUUUGCAGCAGCACCAAUAGAUGGCGUUGUAAAAUAAUUCACCACUUUACCGCGAGUUGAUGCUAUAGGGAAUCAUUGUUCUGUAACAAGUUCGCACGAACUGAAUUUGGAGCAUGGAAUUGGCUAGCGGGCCCGGUAGUGCAUACUUAACUAAACUAGAACUGAAAAGGACGAAACAAAUAGUUUGUGUUGAAUAUGUUUAUUUCAAGGUGUUAAGUAUUCAUAUUAGACUUAAUUAAGGAAUAUUUCAACUCAAUUUGUGAAAGCAACUUGUAUUCCGUGAUGGGAUAAACACAUAGCUAUUCCCAAGGCAGCAAAUCCUCGAAAAACAACAUGUUCAUGUAUAAUUCUCCUUCACUUUUAUAUCCCACGAUUUCGCGUGGAACCGGGAAAAUAGUUUCUUCCAUUUCGAUUUAUUAUUUACUAUAUUACUACGAACUACCCCCCUAAUGGUAACUUGUAAUGAUGUCGUUCUGUAAAUAAAGCGAAGGAGAAUUAGAAUAUGUUAACAAUAAUAUUAAAUGUAAAUGUAAGGUUAUUGAAUGCAAUUGUACCUAUGUAGUUAAAUAAACUGGUAAAAAAAUUGAUUAUUUUGCUACGGAUUGGCUACCAGGGUGUAAAGAUUUACGCGUAGAAUUUACUUUCUGUCAUAAUUAUUAUUAAAAUACAAUUAAAUUUUGCUGUAAAGCACAAAGCGAACUUUUUAAAUAGUAUAUUUUAUUUUUAAGAAACAACUGCAUUACCCAGAUCAUCUUACGAUACAACUUAUUGAACGUAAGCACAGAUAUUUCUAUUCUUAAAUCUGUUUAAAUGUGUGUGCCUAAUUUGUACUGGUAUUAUUCUGUUCAAUCCGGAUAUUAUGUGUUUUCGUUAGUGACUUCAAUUGCCACAAAGAAAACCUUAUUGACCGUUUUGUACAUCAUCCUGUUAUGACGUCAUGGUACCGGCAUUCAAAACCACGUUAUAUCCGGAUGUCAUAUUUAUGUAUUCGUAUUGAGAUUCAUAGAAUACGUUGUUACAUGGGAAGUCGGAUUUCAGGCGUAUUUGUAUUUAGGAUGUUUGUUACUGCGUCAGCGCGACAGUGCAAUAACCACGGGAGAUACGGAAAGUUCAGUUAUUGCAAUAGCAAUCUUGGUGCAAUACUCGUAAAGAGAAGCUUGCGAGCCGCACUGACGUCUGCCGUUGCGACAACCCACACCGUCAAAUCGCGAACUUUUAAUUCAAGAAUGAAAACUUAGUAUAAAGAAACAUGUGAUUGUGUUUGUUUUGUUUGUAUAAAAUGUGUGAACCGCGGGCGCUGUGAUGUGAGUCGCUAGUUUAAGGGUUUUAGCAAAUAAAACGUACGAUUAAUAA